UUCAAUUCAGUAUUCAGAUUUCAAUAAGAGUUUUCAAGAGCUGCAAGAAAUAUUUCCCUGUGAUUUCUUAGGCUUAUCAACCCCUGGUUGUGGCUCCUUGCCCCGAACCUUAUAACCGACUGGUGUGGCGGUUCUUCCUUCAUCUAACCUACCAAAAACCCUAAAUUUCCCAAUUCCUUUCAAUUUCCAGCAACCCUAGCUAUUUUAUUGUUAAUUAGAGCAGUUUAGGCACAUCAGUUUGGUAUCAGAGCUCUGGUUUUUUUAGAUUUUUAGUUGAUUUUCGUCAAAAAAAAACCCAAAAAACCCCCUAUUUUUUAGAGUAACAUUCCCUUUAAGAGAAGGAAGGAUGAGUGUAGAAAUAAAGGUGGAGCCAACCUUGCAAUCUCUUCAAGAAUCUCUGCUUCAGCUUACUACAACUGUUCAACAAUUGGUACAAAACCAACAACUUGACAGAGGUAGGAGUCAACCUAGGAGGGCUGUUCGAGGUGCUCGAAUUAACAACGAAGAUGAAGAACGAGACCAAAGGAGAGCUACUCAUGGAGAUAUCAAGAUUAAAAUCCCUCCAUUUUUCGGAAAGAGUGAUCCUGUAGAAUUUUUGGAUUGGGUGGACAAAGUUGAUUCUACUUUUGAGUGUCAAGACUAUCACGAAUUCGUCAAGGUUAGUUUCGUUGCAGCUGAACUGUCUGGUUAUGCUAGCUUAUGGUGGUUGAAAACUAAAGCUCAAACAAGGCACCCUAUAGAGGAUUGGAAAACAAUGAAGACGUUGAUGAAUGAUAGAUUUGUGCCAAGCUAUUACAAGCAAGAUCCAUAUUGCAAAUUUCAUAAUGAAGAGCAAGAGAUUGAGAAGGCAAGAUUCAUUGAUAUUGAUCAGACUGAUGCUUCUUCAAGCUCAAUUCGUGGUGAGACUGACAAAAGGAGUGUCAAAGUCGACAAACAUAUACCUUCGAAUGAAGUUUUUUUGCCUUUUUCUCAACCAGAAUUCGAAGAAAAAGUUCUUGAUGUUGAACUUGCUACUUGUGGAGAGGAUGCUCAAGCUUUAAUGCCUUUAAAAGAAGAACCAGAACUUGAGAUAGAAGGGAAGCCGUUGCCUAUCACCAACAUGAUAAUGGCUUUUGACAGGGUAAGUUUAAUGGAUGUUCCAGAAGAGUUGCCACUUAUUCAAGAUUCUACCAAUCAUGUUGAGUUUACCACCGAAGAUGGGAUUCUACCCAAGCCUGUGUAUUACAAUGAAGAUAUAGAGAUAAAGGAAAAUGUGCUCCGAGUUGACGAAAAAGAAGUUGGGAAAAGAGAAGUGCAUUUCAGCUGCUCUAAUGAAGAGGAAAAGAAUGACUUGUUGGGUUGCGCUAUAUUCUUGCCAAGAGGAGUCCAAGACAAGUCAUCAACUAUUAGAGUAGAUUUGGUCAUUAAAGAUAGGCGAUUAUGCUACGAUUUCAACUCAACUCAAAUGGGUGAUUAUGAUGUGAUUAGUGAACACAUGGAGUUUGUUAUUGGAAAUGAAGUGUCGUACAAGGAAAUUCGUAGUAGGGAAAGACGAAGACUUCAAGAGUUUGUGGUUAAACUUAAUAUUCAAGGAGCACACUCAUGUUGGGAAAUGAUAGAGUCAUGGGAACACAUUUCUAUGUCACAAGAAUAUUUGAGGGCAAAUCUUUUCCAAGAUGGAGAGAAUGAUGGGAUUAUACGAACCCUACAAGACCUAAUUCGAUUCCAAAUUAUAUCUCUACAUGGACCAUGGGUCAAUAGACAAAGUAGGAGGUUUAAAGAGAGUUUAGGAGCAUUCAAGAUGGGUGAAAAUGGGUCUACAAACAAGACCUACGGGUUAAUGGAGAAUUGAGGAUUUCUUACAACUAUCCUUGUCCAACAAUGAUUGGGAGGAGAUGCUUAAUUGUUGUCCAUGUUGGUUUAAGAGUCUUUUAUUAUGUUAGUUUCAAAAUGACUCACCUUCCUUUUCUUCCAUUCUUCAAUGGAACCCUAAGAUCCUCUCUCUAAAACUCAGUCCUUUCUCUCUCUUUCAGGCGGAGGAACCACCCAAAAACACUAAUUCCCCCCUUCAAGUCGACUGCCUUUGUUAAGUGAAGGAAAAUGUAAUUAUAAAUUGUUGGUACACGUCAAGGCCUUGAGGGCAUGACCCGAUGGUCAUGGCCGUGACCUGGGCGUGACCAGGCCCUGACCAGCCUAGAACGGCACCGAGAUCACGUUUUCACUAUGUCUACAAGUUUCGAGAUUGAGGUAGCCUCCAUCAUGAGAUCACGGUCGCUAUCUUUGGUGUCACGGGCGUGAUAUUUAUCAUGGUAAAAAUCUCUUUGGUCGUGAUCCAAGUCUCUAAAAUUUCUUCCUCUUUUUUGACUGCUUGCUGAAGUUCAAGGCCUCUGUUGGUGACCGCGAACAUGGUCACGACAUGGUUAAAGGUUGUGACGUGGUCGUGACCUGUGCUUUGUCUCCCCCCCCCCCCCCCUUCUUGCUCCUAUGCUUCCCAAUCGUGCUUGGAUUGACUCCAGUCGAUUCCCGAUCAAUCCUAGAUGGCUUUAAGUCCUAGAACUUCAUAAAAAACCCUAGAAAAGCAUAAAAUACGAAAAAGUGGGAUCGAUUUCCCCAUAAAAACCUUCAUAUCAAACUAACCCAUGCCAACAUGUAUGUCUUGCAAAUAGGAACGAAAAUAGGCAUAAACUAGCAUGAUAUGUGGCCUAUACACGGUGAUUUAGCACACAAAUGCCUUGAGAAUGAGGGAGAACUACCACCUAUCUUAGGUGUCAUCAAUUCCCCCUCACUUAGGCGUUUGCUUGUCCCCAAGCAAACAUACUCAAAAAUGUACAACUUGGUAAAUAAUCAAUAUGGUAUGAGCUAUAGUUCUUCAUGUAUUAGUUAGAAUAGUCGGGGUCGAGUGAACGUUACUCCCAUCUCACUGUGAAAACACAAACUCCCGGAUGAGGACCAUGUUAACUAAGUAGUUCUAGGCAUUCUAGGUGUGCACCGGAAGACAUUCAAAAAUUAUGAAAACAAAUGGGCUCUAAGGAUGCUCUUUAUUCUUUCUUUUAUGACAGGAUUCAAUUUUACCUUGAUUCUCCUCUUUUUAAAACUUUACCGCAAUGGCAUCAAACAUUUGCAAUUUUUCUUGCAAAUUGGUGUAUCUCCCUCGUAACCAAGCGCAAAAGAAACAUUGUCUUCCCGGACUUGGCAUCAUGAUAUGCUAUCUAUUGUUAUUGUGUAUAGAGAGGUUUUCUCUUGUUUGAGGCAGUGAGAUAGUCAAUACACCACUGUCCCUACUAGUAUACAGACUACAGUGGCAUUUUGCUGCAAUUGUCAUUGAUAAACUGGGAAAUUUUGAGUGAGAUUACUAAGCUGUUUUUUGGUAGCAAGUAUCCCAUUGCUAAUUUGUUUUUCCCCAAGGUUUGUCAUCUAAGACUGAAAUUGCUUGAAUGGUGUGUUGAUACCAAUUCUCUGGUAUGGCUCAAAGUAUGUGGUUGAAAUUUGUUAAGUAUUAGGAUUAUAUACAUUUGAUUCUGACAGUGUCAGUGGUUCUUGAUCCUAGAUACAAGUUGUUGCAUGUGAUUGAGUAUUAUGCUGCUAAGUUUAGCACUACCAAUACUGACUUGGUGGCUGAUAAGAAAAGGCAAUGUAUCUG